AUGAACGCUGCUGGCUUGGGGGAAUACCUGGACUCCUUGCUCAAUGACUCUGAAGAUCACUCGGGCUCUGCAGGUGUUUCAAGAGCUUUGGCCAAGAGUGAAAGGCAAAAGGCUGACAAGGCUAAGACAAAGGCUGCUGAAACAGAAGAGGAGCUCUUUGGUACUGGAGCUGAGGAAGAAGAUGCAGAAGAAGAAGGCAACGACUUAGAAGGACAGGAAGAAGCCGAGGAAGAGGAAGAAUGCGAAAAGGAAGCAGGUAUGGGAGAAGACCAUGAACAGGAAGAAGAGGAGGAAGACGAGGCAGGCGAUGAGGAGGAGAAUGAGGAGCAGGAUCUGGAAGAGCCAGAGCUAGAGGGUGAUGAAUUGGCGAAAGCAGCCAAGGAAACAACCAAAGGCAAAGGCGUUCGCAACAGCGAAACUCACAAGAAGGAGUGGGACAAGUUUGCAAGAGAAGCCCAGAACAAAAAGACAUUUCCUGUGUCUUUGAUGCCUGCCUUCCGCAAAAACAAGAACGACCUAUUUGGAAUUUGGCUAGACAAUGGAAUGUCAUGGGAAAGGACUGAGAUCGCGGUGGUGAGAGAGCAGGAAUCCAAAAACUUGGCCCGUUCCGAAAUGGUUGGGGUACAGGCCAAAGAUAUUCGUGCCAAACUUGGGAACGAGAAGGCGGACCAGGUGAUUGAGGCCCGCAAGGCUGCAGGCCUCUACUACUUGGACGAUGACUUCCCAACGGAUCCAGAGGAGAUCUGGUACUAUAUGCCAGCUGGGCGACUGAUCCGCCAAGACAACAGCGCGUCAGAGAAGAUGACAGCAAAAGCUACAUCUAGCGACCAAGACCUUUUCAACGCCAUGAUCGAAACCGCCCUUCCUGCUGGCGCCCUGCCUGCCGUCAAAGCAGCCACUGAAGCUGGCGCCAAGAAGCUGCUCGAAGCUAUCGAUGACGAAGGCAAGGCGGUCGCCAAGGUCAAAGCGAAGAAGCCUCAAAAGGGAGAGUCGACCCCGCCAACCCAGAAGCCCAGCGUUCAGCGUCCAAUCAUCCUUAGGUUGGCCAACGACAAGAUCCCAGCAACUUUGGACCAGGCAGCCAAAGCUAGAAAGAUUAGCUUGGAACUCCAAGGGGUUGAGUAUGCCAGCGAACUCAGCCAGCAGCUCAAACAGCACGCUGUUUUGAUGGAGAAAUUCUUCUUGGCUCUUCAGAAAGCAGUCGGCAAGCAACCUCCAUGCAUGAAGACCUUAAAGGAACUGAUCACUCAAGUUGACGCCAAGUUUCACUGGUACGCCAAAGCGGAGGUGAACUACUCCGACCAGCCACAGCCAGUGUCCGCCUACGUUCUGCUUCCACAUGAAGUGCUUCACGCGGUGAGCCCAUUCAAACGGCAGGUCCGAGACCUUGUGAACGAGACCAUUGCCAAGGUCACCGCAUGGUCUUUAGAGCACGAAGACUAUCCAGAGCUUGGUUCCCGCUUCAAGGCUGCUCAUAUCAAGAUCAUGGUCUGGUGGGUUGCUGUGAAGGUUGAAGAUAUCUCCCAGAAAUUAGAAUUGGCCUACCACAUCACGGCGCACUUGCGAUCGACUGAAGUCUUGGCAAGCCAUUGUUGGGAGCGUGGUUUGAUGGCGUUCAAAAUGCAAGCUGAAGAGUGUGGCGCGGAAGUGCCAUGGGGCUAG